ACAAAUUCAAGUUUUCCAGCCAUCCCCGUGAUUCGCAGACAUCAAGCGACAUGAUUCUCAGCAGAGAUGGGAUGACCGAGGUGCCGCUGUGGAAGUUCUGGAGGCGCCACCGUUUCGUCGUCACGCUGCUCGCCUUCCUCGGCUUCUUCAACGUGCUGGCGCUCAGGGUCAACGUCAGCGUCGCCAUCGUCGCCAUGACGGAGAACAAGUCGAGAGUCCUCGAUAACGACACCAUCGUAUACGGGCAGGAGCACGCAUGGGGCCCGCGGCUGCAGGGCCUCGUGCUGAGCUCCUACUUCUACGGCUACGUCACGACGCAGGUGGUGGGCGGCUGGCUGGCGCUGCGCGUGGGCGGACACCUGCUGUUCGGGCUGGGCAUCGCCAUCGCCGCCGCACUCACCCUGCUCACGCCCUGGCUCGUCGGGCUCGGCGUCUACGUCUUCGUCGCCCUCAGGGUCAUCGAAGGCAUCGUCGAGGGCGUGUCGUACCCGGCGAUGCACGACGUGUGGGGGCGUUGGACGCCGCCGGGCGAGCGAAACCGCCUGGCCACGCUCGGCUACUCGGGCAGCUACGUGGGCACUGUGGUCGCCAUGACCGCCUCCGGGUUCCUCGCGGCGCGCGCCGGCUGGCCCGCCAUCUUCUACGUCUUCGGCGCAGUCGGGAUGCUCUGGUUCUUGGCGUGGGCGCUGCUGGUUAGGCGUGGUCCAGAGUUCGACUCCCGAAUCGACCCAAGGGAGUGCAAGUAUAUCAGCGAGGCUGUGGGCGAUCACCCCAACACGCAGGUUGGACCAUAUCCUUGGGGUCGCUUCCUGACUUCCAUGCCCGUCUGGGCCAUCAUCGUUGCCAACUUCACAGAGAACUGGGGGUUCUACACGCUUCUCACCCAGCUGCCUAUUUUCAUGAAAGACACGAUGGACUUCGACCUGGAGCAGGCGGGCCUGCUGUCGGCGCUGCCCUACCUGGUGGUGGCCGCCAGCAUGCAAGGGGCGGGCCACGUCGCCGACUGGCUGCUCAACCGCGGCCUGCUCAACACCACGCAGGUGCGGAAGGUGUUCUGCUGCGGCGCCUUCCUGGGGCAGUCGGCGUUCAUGCUGGCCACCGCCUUCCUCAUGACGCCCGCCGCCGCCGUCGCCUGCCUCACACUGGCCGUCGGCAUCGGCGCCUUCGCCAUGGCUGGCUUCUUCGUGAACCACCUGGACUUGGCGCCCCAGUACGCCAGCAUUCUGAUGGGCAUGGCCAACACUGCAGGCACCAUCCCGGGCAUCAUCAGCCCCAUACUCACCGGCUACAUCGUGCCCAACAGGACUAAGGACGAAUGGCGAGUUGUAUUUUUCAUCUCGAGCACAAUCUACUUCUGUGGUUCCAUCUUCUACGGAAUAUUCGCCUCCGGUGAAAGACAGCCUUGGGCCAAUGGAACAACGCCAAAGGAAGACGUGGAGCUGCAGCAAAAGCAACCGUCGAUCAAGAAAAUAUCCUUUCGACGACAAAUCGGACACAUUGUGGACACAGUGUGCGGUGUUAAGAAAUACGUCAUUGAAAGGAAUGGUUGAGUACGAAUGGUGAGUUCACCUGAAAGCGGAACCACCUAGCUCCGUCCAGACGACUCAAAAAUUCCGCAGCUGAAGCAAGAAAAACGUGAGCGAAGCCAUUCCUAGAAAAGGGCCCUUUCUGCACUUUACAGGAAAAGCUACUGUAAAGGAUAUUACUUAUUGGAGAAGAGAACUGUGUAUGAUCUACAGGUCUACUGUCGAAAAGUGUUUUACUUUACUGUUCAUAGUUGUAUGCUGUUAUGUAUGUAAAAGUGUAAAAUACGUUUUCAGGUUGUUUUUGUAACCUGCGAUCUGAGCUACUGCUAUGCUAAGAGCAGACAGAGAGAAGCGUGGAAGUAUUCAGUGGAGAGUAUGGAAACUGAAGAGUCAUCGCUUUUCGUGCGCUUUGUGCUUCAGAAAGUUAAAAAUAAUUUAUUCGUGAAAAUAUUUCACAGUGAACUCAAUUCACACAUACGAUACGACAUGAUAAUUUAUGUCUCCAUAACUGCUACAAUAUUUAAAUAAAUCUUCAAUAAAA